UUUCUUGCUAGCUUAUCAUUUAUGGAUGUCAUUUAUUCCUCUACUAUUUCUCCCAGAUUGAUUUUAGACUUGUUGUUUGGGAAAAAUACCAUAUCCUUCCAAUCUUGUAUGACUCAGUUAUUAACAGAGCACUUUUUUGGUGGAUCAGAGGUCUUUCUUCUCCUAGCGAUGGCCUAUGACCGCUAUGUGGCCAUCUGCAAGCCCUUGCAUUACNACCGCUAUGUGGCCAUCUGCAAGCCCUUGCAUUACCUGGUGAUCAUGAGGCAGUGGGUGUGUGUUGUGCUGCUGGUAGUGUCCUGGGUCGGAGGUUUUCUGCAUUCAGUAAUUCAAGUUAGCACUAUUUAUGGGCUCCCAUUCUGUGGACCCAAUAUCAUUGAUCAUUUUUUGUGUGACAUGUACCCCUUACUGAAACUGGUCUGUGCUGACACAUACGUCAUUGGCCUGUUAGUGUUGGCCACUGGAGGAGUGAUCUGUAGUAUUGUGUUUGUGCUCUUGCUCAUCUCUUAUGGUGUCAUCUUACACUUCCUAAAGAACUUUAGUCCAGAAGGGAGGCGGAAAGCCCUCCAGACCUGUGGUUCCCACAUUACUGUGGUGGUCUUCUUCUUUGUUCCAUGCAUUUUUAUGUAUGUAAGACCUGCUAAGACCUUCCCCAUUGACAAAUCUUUGAGUGUGUUUUAUACAGUCAUAACCCCCAUGCUGAACCCACUGAUCUACACUCUGAGAAAUUCUGAGAUGACAAAUGCUAUGAAGAUGCUCUGGGGAAGAAAUGUCUUAUCUCUUAGUUGA